CGCGAGUUUCUCUCCUGCUACCCCCUAUCCGACCGUCAACAUGGCGGUGCCGUUGACAAGUCCAUUCUAUGGCGUUUUCUCAGCCUCCGCCUGCCGCUUUUUCAUGCCUCUGUCCGGGCUCUCCUCGAGCGUCAGCUUAUCGAACGGGUUGACUAUCUCCUUACCCAACCCCCUUCUACCGCCUGGAUGCUUGACGCAGUAAGUCUGUUUUUUCCCCGAUAG